AACCAAACAUACUCCGUGUCAGUCCGGCUGAAAGUUCUGGAGGGGACUGGAGCAGACCUGGAGCUGGAGCUGGAGCUGAAGCUGGACCAGACCGAGGGAGAGUUAACUAAGACCGGGACACGGACGAACAUUAGGACCGGAGGGAGGACUCAGUCUGAACCUUUUUCUUUGUUGUUUGUUUCCACUUCAACUCCGGAUAUUUUUGUUUGUUUAUUUUUAAAGAAAAAGGUUUAUUUUUUUUAAUUUAAUAGGACUCAACAUGUUUCGGUUUGUUUGUGUUUUAAGCCUGUAAAAGUUAAACGUCGCUUUAAUUAAGAACAAAGAAAAGGAAACUGAACACCUACCAGCUGACUGACUGACGACAGGUUGCGCAACCGAGACAAUAAGAAGGAGACAAAGACGCCAGCUCCAGUCCUCCCAGUAACACAGCAGCUGGUCCCAGUUCAGCCUCAAAACAACAACUGCUUCUGCUGCUGCUGCGGACACACACACACACAAAAACACACACUCCUCUCCAACUCCUCUGGGCUUCCCGUAGACCUGCAGCCCGAACCAGUCUGACUCUGUGAAGAUGAGCAUGGCUGUGGCUACCACCAGGUCUCAGUUAUGUCUGAAGAGGAUGCUCGACGAGCCCCAAGACAAUUUAGUGAAAUGUAAACGGGUCUGCUUGGCUCCGCCCCCGCCCUCCACCGGACCAUCGCCCUGCCUCAGACCCACAAGCCCCGCCCCCAAGUCAAGCCCGAGCCAAUCUCCAUUCAGAGUUGGGCCGUACUUCCUGUUCGAGCGCUACGAGAAGGAGGAGAUUUACAGGGCCGUGCAUUCGCAAACACAGCAGCAGUACACCUGCCAGGUAAUCCCCCUGCGCGGUUACCAGGAACGGCUGGCGGCGUACGACAGGAUCGGCAGCCACGACAACAUCUGCGGCCUGCUGGACGUGGUGGUCGGCGAGGACAGCGUGUACGUCUUCCUGCCCGGUCACCACGGGGACAUGCACGCGUACGUGCGCGGCAGGAAGCGCCUGGGCGAGGAGGAGGCGGGUCGUCUCUUCGGGCAGAUGCUGAAUGCCGUGGCGCACUGUCACCUGCACGGGGUCGUCCUGAGAGAUCUCAAGCUCCGCAGGUUCGUCUUCACCGACAAGUUCAGGACUCGUCUCGCUCUGCUCGGACUCGACGACUGCGUCCUCCUGCGCGGCAACCCCGACGACGACUCUCUGACCGACAGGCACGGCUGUCCCGCCUACGUCGGCCCCGAGCUACUGACCAACGGGGGCAGGUCUUACUCAGGCCGCGCCGCAGACGUCUGGAGUCUGGGCGUUUCUCUGUACACUAUGCUGAUCGGACGAUACCCCUUUCAGGACACGCAGCCCGCCGCGCUCUUCGCCAAGAUCCGCCGCGGCGCGUUCAGCCUGCCCGACUGGCUGUCGCCGCAGGCCAAGUGUCUGAUCGGCUGCAUGCUGAGGAAGACGCCCGCCGAAAGACUGACGGCGUCCGAGCUGCUGAUGCACCCGUGGCUCACCGCUCCGCUCCGGGCGCAUCGCAACACGCACAAGACGCAGCACAACUCCCACGCGACGCUGCAGAAUAAGCCGGACGACACCGAGCAAGUGGUGCCAACGUGGACGGGAAACAAUUAACGCACUUCUAUGACGAAUGCAACCAAAACCGUGGAUGAGGGUCAGAGAUAAAAGUCCUCGCCAUCAAAGAACAGACACUACAGAGACAAUCGGAUCCUGGAUUACUUGAGCCUCACGUGCCUUCCUUUCGCUUUAUGGCUGCGUCGCUGUUUCAGACCCGCCUCUUUUGGACAGUGUGGUCUCUGAAGGGGCCGCAAAUUGACUUCAGUGCAAUCGGAUUCACAGCAGAAUCACCUGCUCAACCAGGAACAGAAAAUCAGUCAGUGUAGCAGUUUAACGGUUCACUGAUAAAAGUUUAAACAGGCUCUCAAAAUAGACAUCUGAAAAAAUGGAAGUGCUGCACGUGUAAACAGAUUUAAUGUAAAUCUAGUUAUUUCAGGGCAUAAACAUGUACGAGAGUGUAUUUAAAUAAGCCGAACCGCUUCCAUUUAGCGCUGUGCCGAUGCUUUAGGGAACAACAAAUAGAUUUUAUCAUGUGACUUCCUUCCUCUGAUUUACAAAGACUGCCUCAUCACAAGUUUUGAUUAAAAAUGUCUUAAAAUAGUCGGAAUUUGAAACAGGACGCAGCAUUUUUCUCUCAAUGUUUACACUUCUGGUUCUUCCCUGUUACCGUCAUGGGUCAGACUUCUUCCUAAAAGGAAAAACAAAACAGAAAGAACCAGACGCCAUUUCACAGAAUUGACUAAGCAGUGACAGCGACUAUCAAAGUGUUCUCAUCCUCCUCUGAUGACCCACUUUGUAACUCACACAAGCGGAGAGCUUAAAACGUUUGUCAGGUCUGUUGUCUCAGGAUCACAACUUCAUGUUAUUUUAUUUUCGUGGUGCUCAUAAAAAGUAUUUCCUCAAAUUGUCUUCAUUUUUUUUUUCUUGUGGCACGCUACCUUUGACAACUGUGUUUAUUCUGGGUCAUCCAGAAACAGCAGCAGUUUAUUUCAGACCAGGAGAAAGAUACUUCUGAUACCUCAGCGUAACUGUAUAAUUUAAUCUCAGGAUGACGAAGAGAAACGAUGAGCACCAUCUGUCGACUCACAACAUGAAAAUACUGAAGCGAUGAUCUUGAGAAAACUGGACUAAAAUUGACUCGUUGCUACACUCUAGCCUUGUGACGUCUGAGUCACCGCCCACUGUGUGAGUCAGGCUUGAGUUACAGCUGGAGAAUAAAGAUCUUUGAAACUC